AUGGCUAUGGACCCAGGUGGUCAUAAGACGGAUGAAGUACGAUCGAAAGUCUGCGAAAAAGACUUAGAAGAGAACAUCUCGAAGGGAAAGAACAGCGAACAAUUAUUCGAAGACGAAGGUAAUAUUGAUAAGUCCAUUGUAAUCAAUACAGAAGACGAUACGGGGAGUACUCGAAGCGUAGAUGCAGAAGAACAACAGGCACGAAUAUGCACAAGAAAGGGCGUACAAGUAAACUUAGAAAAUGCACGAAAAAAGACGAAAAAGUCAGGUAUGGCUGUAGGAUCUCGUAUAAAUCGUAUAGAUGAAUUACUUAGAGAACAGUGUUGUGAUAUUGUGAAGCUCACUGCUAGUAAAGAUGGUCUACAAAUGGAUAUGGAUGACUUUAAGCGAUUUAAUGAAGAGUUAUCGGAUUUGUUAUUAUUGUCUUUGAGUGAUUAUAAUUCUAACAUUGAGGAUCAAGUGUAUUUUGAGGGUAUUCGUAAGAAGUACUUAGAGUGCUGUGCUGAUGUUAAAACUAGAAUAGGUGAUUUAACACAAGAGAGCUUGGAGAUGCUUUCGCAGAAAACUUCGAACAGUGUUAAAAGUCGAAUGUCGAGAUUAUCAAGGGCUUCAUCUGUGUCGUCUAAACAAGCCGCUGCGAAUGCUGCAGCAUUAAAGGAGAAAAUGCUCAGUCUUAAAAGGAAACAAAAUAUCAAAAGACAGCAAGAAGAGCUUAAACAUCAUCAAAGAGAACUGAAUGGCAAGUGGAACAAGAACAAUUACAAGGUGAGAUCAAUGCUGCAGAAGUUUUACAUCAAGCACUUUUGGGAGAUACCAUGUUGCUAAGUAGUAAUACCCAACCUACAUCUAACACUUUGCAUGAAAAUACCACUGAAAUGAGUCAAUUGCCAACUAUUGCCAAGGAUAUGAACACUGGGACAUUCAGUGACAUGACAAAUGCCCUAAAUCCUACUACACCCUUAAAUCCCACUACACCCCUAAAUCCCACUGCACCCCUAAAUCCCACUACACCCUCGAAUCCUAUUACAACCCCAAAUCCCACUACACCUUCAACUCCUACUACACCCUUGGAUCCUACUACACCCUUAGAUCCAACUAAACCUGCAUUUACACCUGUUAAUGCCCAUACCCAACCUGUUAACCAUUUACAACCAACUACUACUACAAGUCCCCUAGAGCAAAUACAAAGAGAGACAUUUGAAAUUCAAAGACAACAAGUAGAAUUAAUGAAAAGGAUGUCGCUUCCGACUCCGAAACCGCCUGUAUUUAGUGGUAAUAUUUUGGCCUACCCAAAGUGGACGUUAGCUUUCGAUGCCUUGAUUGACGGUGAAGCUGUAAACCCAGCACAUAAGUUAUACUACCUUGGGGAAUAUACUAGUGGACAAGCCCAGAAAAUGAUUGAUGGAUUGUUGGGGCUGCAAUCUGAUGAUGCGUAUAAGAGAGCUAGGCAGAUAUUGCAAGAACGCUUUGGUGAUCCAUACAAGAUUUAUCAGGCAUACAAUGAAAGGCUUAAGUCAUGGCCAGUAUGCAGCAAAGCUUCCGAGCUUCAGGAAUUCAGCGACUUUCUGGUAACAGUGCAAGAAACUAUGAAAACAGUGAAGCACCUCAAGGACUUUGACACCUUUUCUGCUAUUCAAGACCUGGUAGUAAGACUUCCACCUUAUUACAGCAAGAAGUGGUUACAAAGUGCGAAAGCGGUUGAGCUUGUUAAAGGAAAGUAUGAUUUUAACGACCUAGUUGACUUUGUGCAAAAGGCAGCAAAGGAUGCAACUCAUCCAGUGUUCUUGCAUGAAGUUCUGUUAUCUAAGAGAAAGGAGUUGUUGAAAGACAAGAAGCAAGAAGACAAGAAUAGUUAUCACAAGAGAAAGUUUGGCUCAUUCAACACAAGUAAGUACAAUGAAAGCUCUGGUCAUAGUGAUAAGAACAUAAAUGAACUCAUGUGCCCUGCAUGUAGAAAGCCUCACAAAUUGGAGAACUGUGACAUAUUCCUAAAGAAGUCUGUAAAGGAACGAUCAGAAUUAGCUAAGUCGAAAGGGCUUUGCUUCCUGUGUUUAUGUCCUGGUCAUAUGGCCAGGAGUUGCAAAGAAUCCAUUAGAUGCCAGACUUGUAAGAAACCCCAUGCCACACUUCUCCAUUUUGAAUCCAAGGAGUCUAAGAACGGGAAUAAGAAAGAGAACGAAGAGUCUAGCAAAGAAAAGCCUAAAGUAGCUAAUCGUGUCGUAGUGUGUCAUAGCAAUGAUUGCAAUGAAGUAACAACAUCGUCUUUAAUACUUCCAGUAUGGAUAUGUCACAAGGACAAUCCUGAGAAGAAAAUAAUGACAUAUGCUGUUUUAGAUGAUCAAAGUGACACAUGCUUUGUAACAGACAGUGUUUGUGAUCAGUUAGAAAUUGAAGGACCUGAGACUGUGAUUGAGUUAGGAACAAUGCAUGCUGUAGAAGAUAUCAGAACCCAGAAAAUUAGCGGUCUUAUUGUUUCAUCGGAAGAUAAGUCAGUAGAUGUACCUUUACCAAAAGCUUAUUCCCGUGAAAAUAUUCCAGCACGUCGACAUCAGAUCCCUAGAGUAGAAAUGGCGAUCAAUUGGAGUCAUUUGAGUCCAAUUGCCAAUGAAAUACCAGAAUAUCGUGAUGAUCUCGGUAUUGGUCUCCUAAUUGGUAACAAUUGUGUCGAAGCUAUCAAACCAUGUGACGUUAUUCCCGGAAAACCUCAAGACCCGUAUGCUAUUAGAACUGUAUUCGGUUGGGGUUUGAUUGGAGUAACAAAUCCUGUUGAUCACCGCGAAUGCCAAUCAGACGGAACUAGAAUACAUUGCCAUCGAGUUACAACCAAAGAUAUCACAACCCAGAGUACCGGUUCAACCUUUGUAGAGCAAACCCAAGUAAAGGAAGUAUUGAAUCCUCACGAAGUGUUAAAGAUGUUUGAAUAG